AGUUUACACUUUAAUAUCAACCUGUUUCCUCCUCCUCCUUCUCCUCCUCCUUCGUGACCUCCUCCUCCUCCUCUUUCUCCUGAGAAACUUCGCCCCGGCAGUGCGGAGCGCUGCUGCGCAGCCCGGGAGGGACGCAGGCAAGGCGGCGGGCAGCGGGAGGCGGUAGCCGGUGCGUCCCCGCGGCUCUCGGCGGAGCCCCGCGCCCGCCGCGCCAUGGCCCGGAGACCCCGGCACAGCAUAUACAGUAGUGACGAGGAUGAUGAAGACAUUGAAAUGUGUGACCAUGACUAUGAUGGGCUGCUUCCCAAGUCUGGAAAGCGUCACUUAGGGAAAACUAGGUGGACCAGGGAAGAGGAUGAAAAACUCAAGAAGCUGGUGGAACAGAAUGGAACAGAUGACUGGAAAGUCAUUGCCAAUUAUCUCCCGAAUCGGACAGAUGUGCAGUGCCAACACCGAUGGCAGAAAGUGCUAAACCCUGAGCUCAUCAAGGGUCCUUGGACCAAAGAAGAAGAUCAGAGAGUGAUAGAACUUGUACAGAAAUACGGUCCGAAACGUUGGUCUGUUAUUGCCAAGCACUUAAAAGGGAGAAUUGGAAAACAAUGUAGGGAGAGGUGGCAUAACCACUUGAAUCCAGAAGUUAAGAAAACCUCCUGGACAGAAGAGGAAGACAGAAUUAUUUACCAGGCACACAAGAGACUGGGGAACAGAUGGGCAGAAAUCGCAAAGCUACUGCCUGGACGAACUGAUAAUGCUAUCAAGAACCACUGGAAUUCUACAAUGCGUAGGAAGGUGGAACAGGAAGGUUAUCUGCAGGAGUCUUCUAAAGCCAGCCAGCCAACAGUGGCCACAGGCUUCCAGAAAAACAAUCACUUGAUGAGUUUUGCUCAUGCCCCACCUUCAUCUCAACUCCCUCCAACUGGCCAGCCCUCAGUCAGCAAUGACUAUUCCUAUUACCAAAUUUCCGAAGCACAAAACGUCUCCAGUCAUGUUCCAUAUCCUGUAGCUUUACAUGUAAAUAUAGUUAAUGUUCCUCAGCCAGCUGCUGCAGCCAUUCAGAGACACUAUAAUGAUGAAGACCCUGAGAAAGAAAAACGAAUAAAGGAAUUAGAGUUGCUCCUAAUGUCAACUGAGAAUGAGCUCAAAGGACAGCAGGCAUUACCGACACAGAACCACACAUGCAGCUACCCAGGGUGGCACAGCACCUCCAUUGUCGACCACACCAGACCUCAUGGAGACAGUGCACCUGUUUCCUGUUUGGGGGAACACCACUCCACUCCAUCUCUGCCAGUGGAUCCCAGCUCCCUACCUGAAGAAAGUGCCUCGCCAGCAAGGUGCAUGAUCGUCCACCAGGGUACCAUUCUGGAUAAUGUUAAGAACCUCUUAGAAGUUGCAGAAACACUCCAAUUUAUAGAUUCUGAUUCUUCAUCAUGGUGUGAUCUCAGCAGUUCUGAAUUCUCUGAAGAAGCAGCUUUUCCACCUAGACAGCAUUCCGCAGGCAAAGGGCUCCAGCUUCAGCAAAGAGAGGGCAAUGGGAAUAGCCCUGUAGGAGAGCCUAACCCGAGGGUGAACAACCCUCCCAAGGCUUUACCUCCUGCAAAGCACAGCACAAUUCCACUGGUCAUCCUUCGAAAAAAGCGGGGCCAGGCCAGCCCCCUAGCCACUGGAGACUCUAGCUCCUUCUUAUUUGCUGACGUCAGCAGUGCAAGUCCCAAGCGUUCCCCUGUCAAAAGCCUGCCCUUCUCUCCCUCGCAGUUCUUAAACACUUCCAGUAACCAUGAAAGCUUAGACUUGGAAACACCUUCUUUAACUUCCACCCCUCUCAAUGGUUACAAAUUGACUGUUACAACACCGUUUCAUAGAGACCAGACUGUGAAAACUCAAAAGGAAAACACCAUGUUUAGAACUCCAGCUAUCAAAAGGUCAAUCCUAGAAAGCUCGCCAAGAACACCCACACCUUUCAAACAUGCACUUGCAGCUCAAGAAAUUAAAUAUGGUCCCCUGAAGAUGCUACCUCAGACGCCGUCUCAUCUAGUAGAAGAUCUACAGGAUGUGAUCAAACAAGAGUCAGAUGAAUCUGGCAUUGUUGCUGAGUUUCAAGAGAAUGGCCCACCUUUACUGAAGAAAAUCAAACAGGAGGUAGAAUCUCCAACUGAUAAAGCGGGAAACUUCUUCUGCUCAAGCCACUGGGAAGGGGACAGUCUGAAUGCUCAACUGUUCACACAGGCAUCACCUGUGGCAGAGGCACCACCAAAUAUUCUUACAAGCUCUGUUUUAAUGACACCAGUAUCAGAAGAUGAAGACAAUGUUCUCAAAGCAUUUACAGCACCUAAAAACAGGUCCCUGGUGAGUCCCUUGCAGCCUUGUAGCAGCGCCUGGGAACCCACAUCCUGUGGAAAGAUGGAGGAUCAGAUGACGGCUUCCGGUCAGGCUCGCAAAUAUGUGAACGCGUUCUCAGCCCGGACUCUGGUUAUGUGAGACGUUUCCAGAAAAGCAUUAUGAUUUUCAGAACACUUCAAGUUGACUUGGGAUAUGUCAUUCCUCGACAUGAAACUUUUCAUGAUUGGGUGAAGAAUCUAUUUUUGUUGUGGUACAACAGUUGAGAGCAGCACCAAGUGCAUAAGCGCAUUUAGUUGGAUGAAAUCUUAUUAGAUUUCACUCAACUAAAAGGAUUUUUUUUAAUAAAUAAAUAACGGUCUUACCUAAAUUAUUAGGUAAUGAAUUGUAACCAGUUGUUAUUAUCUUGUGCAGAUUUUUUUAAAAAAAGCAUAAAAUGAUUUAUCUGUAUUUUAGAGGAUCCAACAGAUCAGUAUUUUUGCCUAUGAUGAGUUUUUUGAAAUUUUACACAAGAGAUACUCCAGUAUUUCUCUUUUCUCAAUCACUAAACAUAUGAAUAGAUUUUUUUUUAAAUCAGUAAAAGCAUUACUAUAAAUGUUGAAAAAUAUCACGAGACAAUAGAGAUUGUUAAUGCUCAUUUAUGGUUCAUAACAUUGGAGGUACAUUAAUUGUACUAAACCAUUUUGAGUUUUUUUAGCUUGCUUUAAAAAUUAUUACUGUAUGAAAUAGUUUUAUAAAAAAUUAUAUUUUUAUUCAGUAAUUUAAUUUUGUAAAUGCCAAAUGAAAAAUGUGUUUUGCUGCUAUGGUCUUAGCCUGUAGACAUGCUGCUAGUGUCAGAGGAGCAGUAGAGCUUGGUUGAAAAGAAAAAAAAAAAACUUGGUGUUAGGUAAUUGACUAUGCACUAGUAUUUCAGACCUGUUUUAUUUUUUUAUAUGUAUACAUUUUUUUUCCUUUUGUAAUACAUUGGAAAACUUGUUUGGGAGAUUUUGCAUUUGUUGUUGUUGUUGUGUGUGUGUGUGUGUGUUUUUUUUUUUUUUUUUGUAAUUGUUGGUUUAAAAAAGCAUGCAUUGCACUUCUUUUUUUGGGAGAUCUAUGUUGUCAAUGUCCUAUGUUUUGUUUUGAUUUCAACCCCUGACUGUUCUUUAAUUCAGGGAUUCUGAGUUCCAUCAACAUCCCCCAGGGUUUCUAAGUGUAUGGUUUCGGAACUGCCUCACAGAUACUACGUUUGCAGCUGGGGGAGAUGAAGACUGAGGUCAAUAGUCAGUUUCUGCCUUAAGAACAUUCAGUGCAAGAUGGCCAGCACUGAACUUUUGAUAUGACAGUGUACUUACUGCCUUGUAGCAAAAUAAAGCUGUGCCCUUAUUUUACUUA